AUGCCCUCCUUCACCACCCUCUCAACCCUCGCCACCCUCCUCCUCCUCCUCCUCACCGCCACCACCACCGCCACCCCCAAAACCACUCGUCGUCAACCCGCAGCAGCAGCAGUCGCCAGACCACCUUUUUUCAAACAAAAACGUCCAAACUGGUCCCCCUCCUCCUCCUCUUCCGGCAGCAACGGUGGAGGACGACGCUCCGAGGACACCACAUGCAUGACCUCGACAGACGCACAAGGCGUCGCGACGAAUUUCAAAAAUCUCAUUGCGGCGUAUAGUGAGACAUUGGCGAAUUCGUCUCUGACGGUAGAUUUUGUGGAUUAUUCGGAUAGUGUGAUUGAAUUGAUUAAUAAUGGUUGUCCGGAUUCUGUUCUCGGAACAGCAACUUUCGACUCUCGCGCCUCUUUCGAAGCAGGACAAUCCGCUCAACCCGCCAUUCCCUUUGAACAACUAAACCUCUGGCACAAUUGCAACUCGGUAACAAUCCGCUGGCUCUCCUCAGGCCCCGGCCAAGAACCCUCUCAAGUCACAGGCAUCAUUGUCAUGGAAACGGUAUAUUCGGAAGUCGAGGGCACGUGGUUGAUUAGUACGGUGUAUUCGGAAUUCAAUAGUGGGGCGUGGUUGGUGAAUUUGGGGGUUUUUAAGCCGGGGAAUUGUACGGUUUAG